UCGGUCCAGCCUCCAUCCGGUCUUGGCGAUGCAGGGGCCCCCGGCGCCCGCCCCAGCCCCUGGGCCCAGCUCCCCCCGGGGCUCCCCGCGCGGCUCCCCCGGGCUCUUCAGGAAGCUCCUGGUGAACCAGAGCAUCCGCCUGCAGCGGCGCUUCACCGUGGCCCAUCCGCUGUGCUUUGACCUGGAAAAUGGGCUCUCGUGCGGAAGAAGCGCCCUGGACCCUCAGGCCGGGCCUGGCCUUGGCCGGGUCGUCCAGGUCCCAGCCCAGCACAGCCAGAGGCGGGAAUCCUUCCUGUACCGCUCAGACAGUGACUACGAACUCUCGCCCAAGGCCACGUCCUGGAACUCCUCCGUGGCUAGCGACCUACACGGAGAAGACAUGAUUGUGACGCCCUUUGCCCAGGUCCUCGCCAGUCUGCGUACGGUUCGAAACAACGUUGCGGCCCUUGCCCACCUGCAAGGCCGCUCAGUCGCCAAGCAGACAUCCGUCGGGAACCCGCCGUCUGGCAGUCAGCACCCCCCACCUACAGAGGACACUGGGCAGAAGCUGGCUUUGGAAACCCUGGAUGAGCUGGACUGGUGUCUGGAUCAGCUGGAGACACUGCAGACGCGGCACUCGGUGGGGGAGAUGGCCUCCAACAAGGUGAGGAGGGCCAGAGCGCCGAGAGCACUUGCCUCUGCCCGCAGGGCCCCACGUCACUGUCCUCGCCUUCCCCUGCAGUUCAAGCGGAUGCUGUGCAGAGAGCUGACCCACUUGUCGGAAACCAGCCGCUCUGGGAACCAGGUGUCCCAGUACAUAUCCCAAACCUUCCUGGACCAGCAGACUGAGGUGGAGUUGCCCAGGGUGACCCCCACGGAUCCCCCGAGGCCCAUGUCCCAGAUCAGUGGCCUGCGUGGGCUCCCCCAUAGUGCCAGCCUUUCUGCAGCCACCAUCCCACGCUUUGGGGUCCAGACUGACCAGGAGGGGCAGCUGGCCAAGGAACUGGAAGGCACCAACAAGUGGGGGCUUGAUGUGUUCAAGGUGGCAGAGCUAAGCGGAAACCGGCCCCUCACAGCCAUUAUAUUCAGCAUCUUUCAGGAACGGGACCUGCUCAAGACAUUUCAGAUCCCAGCGGACAUGCUCGUCACCUACCUGCUGACGCUGGAGGGCCACUACCACGCCGACGUGGCCUACCACAACAGUCUCCACGCCGCUGACGUGGCCCAGUCCACACACGUGCUGCUGGCCACACCCGCCCUUGAGGCCGUUUUCACAGACCUGGAAGUCCUGGCUGCCAUCUUCGCGAGCGCCAUCCAUGACGUGGACCAUCCCGGGGUCUCCAACCAGUUUCUCAUUAACACCAACUCAGAGCUGGCGCUCAUGUACAACGACGCCUCCGUGCUGGAGAACCACCACCUGGCCGUGGGCUUCAAGCUGCUGCAGGCAGAGAACUGUGACAUCUUCCAGAACCUCAGCGCCAAACAGCGGCUGAGUCUGCGCAGGAUGGUCAUCGAUAUGGUGCUGGCCACUGACAUGUCCAAACACAUGAGCCUCUUGGCCGACCUCAAGACCAUGGUGGAGACCAAGAAGGUGACAAGCCUCGGGGUCCUGCUGCUCGACAACUACUCCGACCGCAUCCAGGUCCUGCAGAACCUGGUGCACUGUGCCGACCUCAGCAACCCCACCAAGCCGCUGCCCCUGUACCGCCGGUGGACGGAGCGCGUCAUGGCCGAGUUCUUCCAGCAGGGCGACCGCGAGCGCCAGUCGGGCCUGGACGUCAGCCCCAUGUGCGACAAGCACACGGCCUCGGUCGAGAAGUCCCAGGUGGGCUUCAUUGACUACAUUGCCCACCCGCUAUGGGAGACAUGGGCCGACCUGGUGCACCCAGAUGCCCAGGACCUGCUGGACACACUGGAGGACAACCGCGAGUGGUACCAGAGCAAGGUCCCCCGAAGCCCCGUGGACCCUGCCAGCCCCGAGCCAGCUGGCCCCAACAGAUUCCAGUUUGAGCUGCCUCUGGAGGAGGCAGGAGAGGUAGAGGAGGAGGCCUCGGAGUCACCUGACACUGAGUCCCUGUCCCCUGAGGCCAGCCUGGACCCUGGGGCCCUGCUCCUGGACAACCAGGGGUCCGUGGGCAAGCCCUGUGUGGAACGUGAGGGCAACGUGAUGGCUGAGCCAUGUGGCACCUAAUGGCUCCUGGUGGGUGGGUGAACUUUCCAGGAAGAGGUCCCAGAUGGCCCCUGCCUUGCCUUCCCCACCCACUGAGAGUGACAACCAAACUUUUAGUUAUAGGCACAUCUCAAGGUCGAAUUGGAGGCACCUGGCUGGGGUCCACUCUUCCCCCAAAGCUCUGCUGAGAAAGCUCUCCAAGGGGCUGGGCUAGGGGUAGCCUCUUCCAGAGCCCUUGGGCUCUCCCUCCUGAACUUCCACCCCUGGUGUGGAAAGGGGGUGUCUGCCAGGCCCUCUGCCCACCUUCUCCAGUGCUCACUCUUGAGCCACAUCCAUCACUUUAUUCUUUCAUUCUUUCAUUCUCUGUCAGGUAUUUAUUGGGUCUGAUAUGUGCCAGGCCUGUGCCUGCUGCUUGCCUCGGGGGUAGCCCUGCCCAGGGGUGGAGAGUCAGCCUCAAGGAGAUGCCCCACAGGCGCCUCCCUCCGUCAGCCAGGCGGCUCGCUCCGAGAGAGCGGGGCCUUGAGUGGGGGAAUUUUCAGCACCAAAGCUCCGUCCAGACCCAGCCGCUCCCUAGGGCGGGGGUGGGCCCGGCAGAGAGGACUGUCAGGACGUCUCUGAAGGCUGAUGUAGCCUGUCACUGUUUGCACCACCUGUGGCUUUAAGUUGUUGUUGUUUCUUCUUUGGUGGGGUUUCCAGGUGCACAUGCUCCCUGUUCUCUCUAGCCUCAGAACCCCCUGUGGGGUCCCCCACCUUCUCUUUCUUGUAGAACAGCAACAAAAGCACAGAAUACCACUGCACACCCCUCCCCGCCCCCGCAGGUCUCUGCCUUCCUCAUUCUGAGACUGCCCCGGACUCUCCCUAGGGGAAAGGAGGCCUCUGACCCUUCUUGCCAGUCAUCGCCCGUUAUGGGCCUCAGUUGCCCGUCUAUGGCCUAUCCUAGUCCUUGGGUAAACUUUGGUUGAGGGGUGGUGUCUGUGACCUCCCUGAAAUACCUUAGAAAGUUGGGGCAUUGAACAUUUUCUGGGGUUAAAUGAACCUUAUUACACAAAAUUAUUACCGUGUCCAUUUCGCGGAUGGGGAAACUGAGGCGCAGAGCAAUUCUAUUGCCCGCUCUAGGCCCACAGCUGGGCGCUGGACGUGCGCCAGCGGCAGCCCCACUGCGCCUGGUUUGGUCGAGCUCUUCCUGGGGCAGGGGCGGCCUCUCGGCGAGCAGAUGAGGCGGCUCGGUGCUCAAGUCUCGGGUUCGAUUCCGGCCUCUGCAAGCCUCAGUAUCCCCCCCGCGCCUCCCUCCCCGAGUGUGAAAAUAUAUACAUGCCACAGGCUUUGCAGCGGCUCCCGGCUUCCUCCCUCAAUAAUUCCACCGACAAUUCCAGUCACCAUCACAGCUAACGGGCAGAUGCCACAGAGGGGGAAUUAAAGGUCAUCUGGGUCGGGAACUUGGUACCUUUCCUUCCAGACUUUUAAAAGGCAGAGAUUUAGGGGAUUUUUAUUUAUAAUUUUUUCUCCCUCCCCCUUUACUUACAAGUAAUACUUGUUCACUGUAGAGAAUUUGGAAAUAAUGGAAAUAUAUACAGAAAAAAAUUAAAUUAUGCUAUAACUUUA